UUCUAUUACAUGACUCAACAACUGCUAGAAACACGACGUUCACUGGUGGGCUACCUGAAGCCACAGCUCCACGAAUGUGGGCAGUACGUAGGUGAAGGGCUAUGUGUCAGAACGCAUUGAAAACUGUCAAGUCAAGCACAUUGCCUUCACUUCCCCAUUACGAAGAUUGCACUAGCGCCGGCAGUAGUGCUCACUGCUGCGCACUUGAGGUGUGCCAUCCGGGUCACUAACGAUAAUCUCUUUUUGACAUUCUUUUCUGUGGAGUCGCGGGCAACGUAACGAACGCACCUCACCAGUUGGAAGGGAUGCUGUAAGUUAUAUGCAACGUUACAUGCAUUUUCGACGCUUAAAACAUUAUCUACCGAUGAACAAUUAUGAUUUGUAGUAGAUAUCUUUGGGUAGUUUCCCGGAGCAAGAGCACACUGUGUGUCGCUUUGUAUAUCAAAGCCUCGACUCGCUCUGGCGCGUUGAACCACUGUGGAUAGAAUGCUUGUCAGUUAUUUCACGUAGCGAGGAGAACACCGAACAAGACGCAGCUACGGUUAAAGAUAAUCCAGAUUUGUAGCGGACUUCGACAACACCGGUAGGGUGCGCGCCCACCGGUUGCUGGGAUGAAACAUUCGCCGGCCAACGGGGUGAGCCUCGAGGAAUUGUUGUCCAACGGAGGCUGCGGUAUGUCAGAAAGCGUGACAGCUGUCCAAAAGGACACUGCUCCACAAUCUCCCAUGACUGACAACCAAAAGGCGGGAAAAACUACAGACGUUAGAGGAAUCCCUCGACGUAGCAGUAUUAUCAAGGAUGGUUCUCGUGCUGGUCGUGAGAGGAAGAAGACGGUCUCCUUCAGUAGCAGUCUCACAGAGAGGAAGAUCAGCAGUGCUGCUGACUGCAUCAGCUCUAUGGUGGAGGGUACUGAGCUGAGAAAGGUGCGCUCCAACUCGCGGGUCUACCAACGCUACUUCCUGCUAGAGUCUGAUUUGCAGGCCCUGCGAUGGGAGCCGUCUAAGAAGGAGUUGGGCAAAGCCUGCAUUGCCAUCCCUUCCAUCAAAGAGGUCCGCACUGGCCGAAACACAGAGACCUUUAGGACCAAUGGUGUCUACGACCAGAUCUCUGAAGACUGUGCCUUCUCUAUCAUCUAUGGAGAGACCUAUGAAUCUCUGGAUCUGGUGGCGAAUUCUGCAGAGGUCGCAAAUAUCUGGGUCACCGGCCUGAGGUACAUGAUGCUGUAUGGGAAACAUGCCUUGGAUAUGAUUGCCAGCAGUCACGACAGCCUUCGGCUCGCCUGGCUCACAGAGAUGUUCUCCUCGGUGGAUGUUUCAGAUGGACCGUGUGGAGAAGAGGAGGGGAUAUGUUUGCGGUCAGCUGUGGGGCUGAUCAGGAAGGUUAACCCUGGUGUGAAAAAUGGGAAAGUGGAACAGAGGUUUAAGGAGCUCCAUCGGAACAAGGAGAGGACGACUGGGGCAGGAACUGACGUGGCCAUGGCUGGACCAGAAGCAGAGGCUGGGGCUUCACAUGUAACUGGAGCUGGGAUCGGCUCUGGGGAUGAGGAGAAGGUUGGGGAUGGGAAUAUGAUGGGGAAUAGUGUUAGUGCUGGACAUGAAGCUGAAACUGGAGAUGGGGCUGGUACUAGAACUGAGGUGGUGGGACAUGGCAACAAAGACAUCCGAAGAGGAGGACGAGAGAUCAGGGUCACCAAAGAGGAAUUUGUUGAGGUUUUCCAUGACCUUUGCACCCGUCCAGAGAUCUAUUUCCUGCUGGUGCAGUUCUCUAGCAACAAGGAGUUUCUUGAUACCAAGGAUCUGAUGAGGUUUCUGGAGGCUGAACAGGGUGUGGCUCAGGUGACAGAAGACAUGAGUCUGGAGCUCAUCCAAUCCCACGAGCCAUCGGAGGAGGGCCGUCGCCAAGGCUGUCUCUCAUUGGACGGUUUCACCAGCUACCUCACUUCCCUGAGGUGUCACCUGUUUGACCCCGAGCACAACCAGGUGUGCCAGGACAUGAACCAGCCAUUAUCCCACUACUUCAUCAACUCCUCCCACAACACCUACCUCAUCGAGGACCAGGUCAACGGGCCCUCCGACGUCAAUGGCUACGUCCGAGCUUUAAAGAUGGGCUGCAGGUGCGUGGAGGUUGACGUGUGGGAUGGCCCUGACGACGAACCCGUGGUUCACACCGGUCACAGCCUCACCUCGUCGGUCGUAUUUCGCUGUGUCCUGGACGUGAUAGAGCGUUUCGCGUUCGUGGCGUCAGAGUAUCCGCUAAUACUGUGCGUGGAGAAUCAUUGCUCCCUCGGCCAGCAGAGAGUCAUGCUGCAGCACCUCAGGACAAUACUGGGCGACAGGUUGUACACAGAGCCUGUCAGCGGAGGGGAAGGCUACCUGCCAUCGCCCUUUGACUUGCGAGGCAAGAUCCUGUUGAAGGGGCAGAAGCUGAAGGAAGCAUGCGGAGGAACGGAGGGGGAUGUGACCGAUGAAGAUGAGGGGGCAGAGAUGAAAGCCAGUUUCAGUGGAGGAGUAGGAGGGGGUGAAGGUGGUCAGAAAGGUGCUGGGGCUGGUACCGGUGCUGUGAAACCAGCCACCCCUCCUGCCGCUCCUAAACGGUUUCAGCUCUUGAAGGAGCUCUCGGACUUGGUAACUUUGUGCAAGUCGGUGCGCUUCAAAGACUUCCAGGUGUCUUUUUCGACCCAGAAGCCCUGGGAGCUCUGCUCGUUCAACGAGGUGGUGGCCUUGUGCUGCACCAGCGAGAGCCCGGGAGACUUUGUGAACUACAACAAGCGCUUUCUGUCACGGGUCUACCCCGACCCAAUGCGCGUCGACUCUAGCAACAUGAACCCGCAGUAUCUGUGGAAGUGUGGUUGCCAGAUUGUAGCUAUGAACUACCAGACCCCGGGGCUAAUGAUGGAUCUAAACAUGGCUUGGUUCCGGCAGAAUGGGAAUUGUGGUUACGUGUUGAGGCCAGCCAUCAUGCGACAGGAGGUGUCGUAUUUCAGCGCCGAUACAAGAGACUCUGUGCCGGGUGUGUCACCUCAGCUGCUCCAUGUUAAGGUGAUCAGUGGUCAGAACUUGCCCCGUCCCAGGGGUUCUGGAGCUAAAGGUGACGUGGUGGACCCAUACGUUUACGUGGAGGUCCACGGUAUCCCUGCUGACUGCGCUGAGCGCCGCACACGCACCGUGAUGCACAACGGUGACAACCCCAUUUUCGACGAGAGCUUUGAGUUCCAGGUCAACCUGCCCGAGCUGGCCAUGGUGCGCUUCGUCGUGCUGGAUGACGACUUCAUAGGGGACGAGUUCAUAGGUCAGUACACUAUUCCCUUGGAGUGCCUACAGCCAGGCUACCGGCACCUACCAUUACAGUCUAUGACGGGGGAGGACCUCCUGCAUGCCCAGCUCUUUGUCCAUGUGGCCAUCACCAACCGUAGAGGAGGGGGAAAGCCUCACAAGCGUGGGCUGUCUGUACGGAAGGGGAAGCGAGGGAGGCAGUACGCUGCGCUCAGGGACCUCGGGGUCAAAGCAGUGGAUGAGGUUUUCAAAAUGGCCACCCUUCCACUGAAGGAAGCCACGGAUCUGAGGGAGAACAUGCAGAGCUCAGUGGAUGUCUUCCGAGAGCUGUGUGGCGUGUCAGCGGCGGCCAACCUCAUGCAGUGUGUGUUGGCCCUGGGCUCCCGCGUGGCGGGGGCCGAUGGGGCCCCCCUGCUACUGUUUGAGCUGAGGGAUCAGUACCCAACCAUGGAGCCCCAGGGGCCCCUGCCAGAAGUCCUACGCAAGGUGGUCUCCACCUACGAAAUGAUGAUCCAGGCCAGCAGAGCUGUGAUUGAUCUGUCAGACGGAGUCUACAACAGGAUCCUUCAGAUACAGACAACAGCCAUGGAAUUCCACGAAAAGCUGCAGACCAUGGCAGUGAAGGAGGGGCUUAAAGGUCGUAAGGUCACAAGAGCUGUGGAGAGUUUCAGCUGGAACAUCACCAUACUGAAGGGGCAGGUGGACCUGCUGAAACGGGCCAAGACAGAGGUGCAAGAGAACCUGAAGCAGGUCCACUACGCUGCGCUGACCUCUGACCUAAGUAAGGGAAGGACUGGACAGACGACCCGCCCCCGAUGCAGCUUGGAUGCCGUUCACAACAAAGCUUUGACCCCUUAGGCACAGGUCUAGGAUCAGCUUGCUGUAAACUGAGCAAUAUGCCCCUUCUGCAUCUGUCCGUGGCCUGCCCAGUCUGGCAUUUUCUCCACACAACGACAAAGAGUGGUAGGAAGAUGAAAUCAACUGAAGAACAGAAAAAGGGUUUUAUAGCACGGCCAGGAGGACAAAGUGAUGUCAAACACCCUAGAGACUUGAAAGAAAAUGAAGUGAAAGAAUGAAGUCUGGGAAAGAUGGACAUAAGACUGCCCUGUCCUUUACACUGUAUGCAGCUGUAAAUAACAGGAUUCCACGUUUUUGAAACGAUAGAACACUGUGAAACUGAAACAGGGAAGUGUGCGUGUCAUGAGUCUGAUAUAGUGUGGGAAACAGCUGAUAGUGGCUGUUAGUACAUAUUUAGCAGAGGCUUUAGUUGUGCACAUAUACUUUUUGUAUGGGUGGCCACCAGCAAGAACCCAACAGAUCAUCCUGAUUUUGCCAAUGCCAUGCUUUACACAGAGCCAUGUAUUUUUAUUUUUUAGGCACACUGGCUAGUGACACAAAAGAAUGUAGAAGUGUACAGAGAAUGAGUAGAACAGGGCAUCCUCAUUCAGGUCAGUUGUGGCAUAAUGGAUGGACUGGCUUUCAUUCUGAGUGUCAUCACAAAAAUGGACAUGGGCAGAAAUGCCAUUUAUUCUUACUUUCACAAAUUCUGAUUCCUAAAACUAUUGUUCCAAGCCUGUUCAACUCAUUUUCUAUGUACAUUUUCUGUGCAUGGAUGGCACAGGUUAAUAAUGGAACUCAACAAGUGUUAAUUACUCAAUUGCAUGAUCAAAAAGCAUUUAACAGUGUUCAGAGUUGUGCGUACAUAGCACUUUGACCAAUAUUUUUCAGUUUUUUCAUGUCAAAAAGUAUUAUUUUAAUAUCUGAUUUUGGCUUCUUUGCUGCAUAACAAUCAUUCAGAACAUCCCAGGUAAAUCUGCCUGCUAUGACGGAGAAGCACAUCAUGGAUGUUGGCUGUCUGAAGAGAGAGAAACUGGCCUCACACCCUUCUACGUGUUUUACAUCUAACACUGAAGCUCUUCUAAACCGUAACCAUAGCAUUUUCAUUACCAGAACCAACCAGUAAAUAAACCAGUGAAGUAAUUUCUAAACUGACUGCUGACAUAGCUAUCUAAUCAUAAAACACUGUUUGCAUUCACCACACCUACUUUCUGCUUGCCCUUUGCUUUACUCCAAUAGCCUGCCGCACAUCAAUCAGUCACAUAAAACCAGGGCUCAACCUUCUUUAAUCCAGAGUAUUCAAUAUCCACUGGCAUUUUCAAAUGUCUAAUGGAAUAAACAACUAGUGAUCCUUUAUUAAUACUUUCAGUCAGAACGGUUUGUGUUUUAGACAUUUUUAUAUUUAAAAUGUUUUUACUUACAGCGAUUUUCCUUUUCGUCAAACAAAGACAACAUGACACAGGCAUACUGAAGCAAGAGCAAUGCUUUUAUUGGUCUACAGUUAAUAACAUCUUUGCAAGAGGGAAAUCCCUUGUGUGCAAUGCUAUACUUGGCUACCACAGGAAGCAAGAGAACUAAAUAGAAGGACAUCUGAAAUAAUGAAAAUCUGUUAUUACUACAUACAUAAAAAUGUUCACAUUGAAUUGAUUUAAAAAAGAAAAAAAAUAAUCUGUUUGCCAUAAUUUAAUUUUCACCAUGUAAUGCAGCUUCAUUAGGUUAAAAUUGUAUCUUUAAAACAAAACAUAAAGAUCAAAAGAAGAGUAAAUGUCAUAAUGGUUUCCAGGCACUGGUUAAAGUUGAAGGAGUUAUAUUUAUAACUGCUGAUGUAGGAUCAGAUUGUUUGACCCCCUACCCCGAAAGGUGUAGGACUAAUUUGGGAAUCAGAUCCUAAAUCUGCGGUUAAGAGCAAUUUCAGUCUCGGAACAGUUAAAGGACAAUGAGAAGUUUGGGGGGUAGACAGACCCAGACAGAAAGACAGGUGUGGGGUGAGACAGCUCUGGGUUCUGCCAUGAGUGCUACCCUUCCCUCCCAUAGUACAUUGAGAAGGCAAAAGCGUAGUCCACAAUGAUAAAUGCAUUAUGAAAUUCAGCUCGAGGGCUUACCGGUGGUGAGCUGUCUAGCGGCGCCCUCUUGUGGCAAAAAUGUGUAUCGC